AAUUUAGGGAAAUUGGGUGAGCUCACAGAAUCAGAAUCUUAGGAUGUAGAUCAUUUGUCUGUCUAAGCAUCCUCGAGGCAGGCAGGAAUCUGCAGAGAUGAAAGGGUCUCUAAGGUCACCUUUUAAUCCGAAGUUGUAUGAUCGUCGGCAACUUUACUUUUUUGAACCUUGGCUUUCUCAUCUGUAAAACCAGGGGUUGGACUACCGUGAUAUUCCUUGGUUCUAGGAUAAUUUGGUAAUGGGGUCUCUUAACGGCCUUGGACACUUGCCAAUAAAUAAUUCAUAAAAUCCCGUUAGGUGGGUGUUAUCUUAAUUUUCGGUUUCUAAAACAAUUUGUAAGGGCAACAGAUAAGAAUAAGAAUGACAAUGGAGCUGGCCGUCUUUGUUCCCGGCCGGGAGCAGCCCUAUCCGAAAUUAAUGGGCAAGCGGCCAUACUUGUUUCUGGCAGGUGAGGGCAGCGGCAGAGGAGCUGAAGCCGCCUACAACCAUCAUCAGUGCUGGCAGGAUCACGUCUCGGCCUUAGGCGUUGCUAAAUCACGUCAUGGCUCUUCUUGCAGAACCCACCCGCUCUAAUUUAAAAUCAGCUGUUCCAGGGUUCUCCCGGCCCCUCCCCCGAAGGUGGGGAAGGCCUGAAGAAGAGACCGAGGGAGGACCCGGAAGUGGCGAGGAUCUCCGAGCACGUGAUGGGGAGACCCGCCGGCACUGUCACGUGACUCGCCAACCUGUCGCCCCUUGCUCCAGAACGCUCAGCUCCUCUUAAAGACCCUCAUCCGCCCCGUCGGAGUCAACUCUGAACUCUCGCUGACCUUAGUCCCUUCGGGGGACCCAAACUCAAUGCCAUGGCAGCCGGUGCGGGCUCGUGGCGGAGCUUUUCGGAUUCUGAGAGGGAGGAGACCGCCCCCGAACCCCGGCCUCGUCUGUUGGUCCCUCAGGGCGGCUAUUGGAAGAACGCGGUGGGCUUCUGGCUCCUGGGCCUUUGCAACAACUUCUCCUAUGUCGUGAUGCUCAGUGCUGCUCAUGACAUCCUUAGCCACCAGAGGGCACCUGGGAACCAGAGCCACGUGGACCCCGGCCCAAUGCCUGUUCCCCAUAAUAGCUCAUCUCGAUUUGACUGCAACUCCGUCUCCACGGCCGCGGUGCUCCUGGCAGACAUCCUCCCCACCUUCCUCAUCAAGUUGCUGGCUCCUCUUGGCCUUCACCUGCUGCCCUACAGCCCUCGGGUUCUUGUCAGUGGGGUGUGUGCUGCUGGAAGCUUCAUCCUGGUUGCCUUUUCUCAUUCGGUGGGGACCAGCCUGAGCGGUGUGGUCUUGGCCAGCAUCUCGUCAGGCCUGGGGGAGAUCACCUUCCUCUCGCUCACUGCCUUCUACCCCAGGUCUGUGAUCUCCUGGUGGUCCUCGGGUACUGGGGGAGCAGGGCUGCUGGGCGCAUUGUCCUACCUGGGCCUCACCCAGGCUGGCCUCUCCCCCCAGCACACCCUGCUGUCCAUGCUGGGGAUCCCCGCCCUCCUGCUGGCCAGCUAUUUCUUAUUGCUCACGUCCCCCGAGUCCCAGAACCCUGGAGGGGAGGAGGAAGCAGAGACAGCAGCUCGGCAACCCCUAAUAAGCAACGAGGCCCCAGAGACAAAGCCAGUCUCCAGCUUGAGCCUCUCCUUUCACGAAAGGUGGGCUGUGUUCAAGAGCCUGCUGCAUUACAUCACCCCCUUGGUCCUGGUUUACUUUGCUGAAUAUUUCAUCAACCAGGGACUUUUCGAGCUUCUCUACUUCCGGAACACAUCACUGAGUCACGCUGAGCAGUACCGCUGGUACCAGAUGCUGUACCAGGCCGGUGUGUUUGCCUCCCGCUCUUCUCUCCACUGUUGCCGCAUCCGCUUCACGUGGGCCCUGGCCCUGCUACAGUGCCUCAACCUGGGCUUCCUCCUGGCUGAUGUGUGGUACAGCUUCCUGCCGAGCAUCUACCUCGUCUUCCUGAUCAUUCUGUAUGAGGGGCUCCUGGGGGGUGCAGCCUACGUGAACACCUUCCACAACAUCGCCCUGGAGACCAGCCAUAAGCACCGGGAAUUUGCGAUGGCGGCCGCCUGUAUCUCUGACACCUUGGGGAUCUCCCUGUCAGGGGUCCUGGCCUUGCCUCUGCACGACUUCCUCUGCCACCUCUCCUGACACUCCAGCUCCGUGGGACACAGGCCCUACUGAUCUGAGGGUGGGCAGGCAGGUCAGACACCCAGGCUGACACCCCAGAGCCCAUCCAUGAGCUCUGCUCCCGGACUUCCCCGCGGUGCUGGGAAUAGAGGAUGACUGAGGCCCUGCCCCCCUUUGAGGGGGGCGCGUCUGAGAGCCCUGAUUUCCUCCCACCCCCCAGCUGGUCUCGGGGAGUUUCCUUCUUGGCAUUAUGCCCUCUGAAUAAAUGCCUAUUUUGUAA